AGUGGGAUAGCACUUAUAUAUAUCUAAUUCUGGAAUAUUGCAGUGGAGGUGAUUUAUCUCGUUUUAUUCGAUCUAAGAAACGGUUACCAGAAUCUGUUGCACACCGUUUUCUCCAACAACUGGCAAGAGCACUUCAAGUUCUACGUUCUCAUAAUAUUUCUCAUAUGGAUUUAAAGCCUCAAAAUAUUUUAUUAAGUAGUACAUCGAAUCCAGUACUUAAACUCGGUGAUUUUGGGCUUGCUCAGUAUCUUCAUUCUGAUGCUGAAGGGACCUCUUUUCGUGGAUCCCCAUUAUAUAUGGCUCCUGAGAUACUUCUGAAGCAUCAUUAUGAUGCUAGAGUUGAUUUAUGGUCUGUGGGAAUCAUAUUAUACGAAUGUCUUUUUGGCCAUGCCCCAUUUUCUUCUCGUACAUUUACAGAACUGGCUGAAAAAAUAAAGAGCUCAAAUCCGAUUGAAAUACCGUAUGGAGCUGAAAUCUCAGAAAAAUGUCGUGAACUUAUUAUUGGUUUGCUGCAAAGGGAUCCAAAUAAAAGACUUAGUUUUGAAGAGUUUUUCAAUCAUCCAUUUGUUGAUUUAGAGCACAUGCCAACUGCAGAAACAUACACAAAAGGAGUGAAUCUUGUUCAACAGGCUGUUGAAGCAGAUGCUGCAGGCAAAUUUGACAAAGCAAUAAAAUUUUACAGUGAAGCAUUAGAGUACCUUGUUCCACAUGUUUACAGUGAAAAGGAUCGAGAGAAAAAACGGGCUCUUAGAACUAAACUAUUAGAAUAUGUCAGUCGAGCUGAAGAAUUGAAGAAUUUGAUUAAAAAGGAUUCAAAGGACCAAGAUUCAUCGACACACCAGUUAUCUUCUAAUCUUGGAGAUAUAAUAACUAUCAAUCCUGAAUUGGAGAAAGGAUUUUUCUUGGUUCAACAAGCUGAAACUCUGGUUCAAGAUGGUUGCUAUGAUGAUGCUGUUCAUUUAUAUCAGUCAGCUCUUGAAAUAUUGGUUCCAGCAGUUUCUAAACAACAACCUGGACCAAGGAAAGAUAUCUUAUAUGCAGAGGUAAAUAAGUGGUUGAAGAAAGCUGAAGAUUUGAAGUCAUUCAUUUCAAUUCUUAAACAGCAAAGAAAAAUUGCAAGGUUAAAUAGUACUAUUGAAAGUGUACAUUUUAAUUCAGCAACAGAAAAUAUAGACUCUACUUGUUCCUUACAGUAAAAGCAAGAUAUAUCUAUAUAAAAGGAAGAAUUAUGCAAACGAAUGAUCCUUGCUUUUUAAAUAUGUUGUAAAAAUUUAUUAUUUAUUUGCAUUUCUGAAAAUAUUUUAAAAUUUCUGUUAUUUUGUAAAUAGAAAAUUAUUUAUCACAUUUUGACUGCAUAAAGUGGAAAUAAAUUUUAUUUUCAGAUGCUUGUCACUUUGUUGUACUUCUUCGACAUCGGUUUAUUUGAAAGUAAAAUUGUAAAAUAAUACAUUUUCUAAUUUUGUUAGAAUUCAAAAUUUAUCUAAAAAGGAAAAGCAUGAAAAUUUUAAUAGUAAUAAAAUUUCUACAAAUCAGAUUGUAGACAAGUUUUCAAAGCAAGCUUAAUUCUAAUUAGUGACAUGCCAAUAUAUAAUUUAGAUAAUGUGUAAUUUGAAUACUCGGAUUAAGCCAAAUAUUAUUUUUAUUCAAGAUGGAUGAGAUAGCAGAUUAAAAAAAAAAGGAAAAAUUUUGGAAAUGAAUAUUAAUUUGCAUAGUAAGUUAUAUUUCUCAUAUUAUUACAACAAAAUAGGCAUUAAUUAAAUCCCAUUUCUUAUAAUCUGUCAAAAAUAUUCUUUUAUUUUCAGAUUUGCAUCUAUCUGAAAUCAUGAUAAUUUAUCUUUUUGUAAGAAUUUUAUAUUUUUUGUAAUUUUAAUUAAUAUUUUUUUGUAAUGUUACCAAUAAGUAAGUAUUAAGUUAUCCAAAUAAGUUUUCGAUAAUAAGUGAUGGAGCUAUGAAUUUUUGUUUUGAAGGAUAAAGGAAAGAUUUUGUUAAGAAUACUCAGAAGUCAUUCUCAGUAGUAUCUGUUUUAGCAUUCUUGGGGGGCAGAAAUUUGGCAAAUAAUAUUUAUAGAGGAGAAAAGAGAAAACUUAGAAAAUUAUAUUACAUUAUAUGGGGAAUUUGUGAAUCAGAAAACUGCAAAGGCUGAUUGUACAAUACACUAACCUCAUUAAUAAAUCUUAUGUGACAUUGCAUAUUAUUUCAACUUUUUUUAGAUAUUUUAUAGUGUCACUGGAACAAAAAUUAUAGUAUCUGUUGCUCAUUAUAGACAUUUACAUAAGUUACUAACAGAAGAGACUAAAAAUUUUGAAUAAAGCUUGAUCUAAAUUUAAAGGGAGGAAUUUAUAAUUGCUUAAGUGCACUACUGUGAUAAUUCUUUUAUCAGUUAUUAAAUUUGACUUUGAAUACUAAAAAUGCAGGGUUUUACAUAUAUAUAAAUUAUGAUAAAUUAAAAAUAUUGCAUUGUAUAUCAUGGAGUAAAUAAUUUAUUCAUCUAAUACAUUUAGAAGUCUAAAAAUAUUACACAAUGCAUUUUUAGUAUAAAUUGCUCACUUUUCUCUUAGUUCAUAGACUGAAGUCAUAUUGGAUAUGUUCUAUUCUAGAAAACCACAAGCUUGUUUUCAUGUGAAGAUUAAUCAAAACUUGUACACUUAUACAAAGUCAUUUUUGUAAUACCUCAUUGAACAUUACCAAAUAUCUGCAUAUAGCCAUUUUUAUAAUGUUUCAUCAAGUAUUACUAAAUAUUUGUCUAGUAUUUUAUCUGUUAAGAAUAUUUGUUUCUUAAUUACAUGUAUAAUAAAUAAGAUUUAUUUAAAAAAAUUAACCUUUUAAUAUUUUGCUUUGAGUUGUAAACAUUUACUUACUUAAUCUGCAGUAAUUCAGAUAAUAUAUAAUCCAAUUAGAACACUUAAUUUCUAAUUUUAUUUUUAAUAAAUAAGGAAUGUAUACAUUUAUGAUUAUCUGGAAAAUAUUUUCAGAGUAUUGUUUGUUGCUUAAGAAGAAAACAUUAUUUGAAAACUGCAAGAUAUAUAAUAUAUAUUCAAUAAAUGAAUAUAGAAAUAAUAAGCAUUCUAAUGAAUUAAUGAGUAAAUUAAUUCAUAGCUAUCAUUUGCCUAACAUAAUAUGAUUGGUUAGUUAGCUGAUCAUGGCAAAUCAUACAAGAAAGAUGUUCCUAACAAAAGGAAUGCCCUCUUAGAAAACUUUGUAAGGGACACUUGCCUGUAUUUGUAUAAUGCAUGGACAAAAUUCAAUAUAACUUGUUUGCUGGGAAUAAAAAUCCAGGAUAAACUAUUAAUGUUCAGCAUCUUAUCCACUCACUCAUUAUUUGCCUUUCAAAAAUAUGCAAAGCUUUGACAUAAUUCAUAUUACAUGAUAAAUUUAUGUUGGUGUGUAAUUUUUGUAAUCCAAGGAGCUAAUACUAUAUAGAAUGUUUUUAUGAACAUUAAAAACAUUGUUGAAUAAAAAAAAA